AUGCGAAUGACCAUCCUCAAGCGAAGGUCAGCUAAUGGCAACCUGGUGCUGUGGUUCGCAAGCUUUUCAGUGUGUAAGGCUACUGAACCCCUGACAGAGACUGAGGCAGAAGACCUGAAUGUUUUAAAGGACGAAAACACCAGUAUGGCUAAGGUGAACUUAAAGUUCGAAGAAGGAGUAUCUAACCAACUCGGUUUCUUCUUCCGUCGUCUGGGUUUUGCUCUUGGAUGUUCGCUUGUUAUCAUCAACUUUGACUGA